CCCCUGCAUUUUAAGUUUUACAGUACAGUCAGUGAUAAGAGCUGUUCCAUGAUAAAAUGAUCUCUGCAAACAUUCCUUCUCUAGAUUAUAAACUGUUACACCUCCACAGUCAUGUGAAAAUACCAUUAAAAAAUUAAAACCAUUGUAUAAAGUCUGUUAUCACUUGGCACUUUGAAUAUAUUUGCUUUUAUCUUUGUAUUUAUAGCCAUGAGUAAGUAUCUCAAAGAAGCUGUACACAUUCCUCUGCCAACUUUUCUCUUUGUCUAUUAAUUAUAAUUAAUAAUAAAGUCACAAUGGUAGGAACCACAGAGAAAAUAUCUAAGACUGUUUAUUUUCUACGGCAACAGAUGUCUUAUACCUAUGUCUCUUUUUUAUUAAAGAUUCAUACAGCCUGAGAGAAUGAAAAGCUAUGUAUUCAAGGAUAUCAUCUAUCGUCUGGCUACCAUAGAUCUGAGAGUCCAGUCUAAUACAAUAAAUAUUUUUUAAAUAAAUGAGAAUAAAUAAUAUAAAAUAAGUAAAAACUAAAAGAUGUUAAAUGUCAGCUUUUUAUUAAACAAAAAUAGAUACCGGUAUAAAGCUGUUCUAGUUUACUUAGUUUGAGCUAAUCCAGAGUUACUGCAAUUGAGUUAGUAAAUAAGAUUUUGUAGUUUUUCUUAAAUAUCAAUACUGAUUUUAUUAUUACAGUAUAAAUACCACUUUGAUAAUAGAUAAAGCAUCUUAAGAUGAAGUACUCUUUCAUUUUGACUAUGGUAUUUGUCAAUUUAAUAAAAUGUAUAAAAUUAUUUUUCUGCAACCUCUCUCACAUCUUAAAAUUGCCACCCCAGAUUCGUUUUUUCUUUUUUUUUCCCUCCCAGAUUGAGGGAGGGAGAGAGAGAAUCUUAAGCAGUCUCCAUGCCCGGCACAGAGCCCUGUGCAGGGCUUGAGCCGAAGUCAAGGGUUGGACACAACCAACUGAGCCACCCAGUUGCCCCUCCACCGGAAAUUCUUAAAUAGCCACAAUGGACACAGGUAGCCAUAGCCUUGUCCUCCUGCAGCAGCUGAACAUGCAGCGAGAAUUUGGUUUUCUGUGUGAUUGCACAGUUGCUAUUGGAGACGUUUACUUCAAAGCCCACAGAGCAGUGCUUGCUGCUUUUUCUAACUAUUUCAAGAUGAUAUUUAUUCACCAAACAAGUGAAUGCAUAAAAAUACAACCAACUGAUAUCCAACCUGACAUAUUCAGCUAUUUGCUGCACAUUAUGUAUACGGGGAAAGGGCCAAAACAGAUUGUGGAUCAUAGUCGUCUGGAGGAAGGGAUUCGAUUUCUUCACGCCGACUACCUUUCUCACAUUGCGACUGAAAUGAAUCAGGUGUUCUCACCAGAGACUGUGCAGUCCUCCAAUCUGUAUGGCAUUCAGAUCUCAACAACCCAAAAAACAGCUGUCAAACCGGGGCUGGAGGUCAAAGAAGCUCCUUCCAGUAACAGUGGCAACAGGGCUGCUGCGCAGGGCGACCACCCCCAGCUGCAGCUCUCUCUCGCUAUUGGGCUGGAUGAUGGCACUGCCGAUCAGCAGAGGGCCCGUCCUGCUGCCCAGGCCUUGGAGGAACACCAGAAGCCCCCAGUGUCCAUCAAGCAGGAGAGAUGUGACCCAGAGUCUGUGAUCUCCCAGAGCCAUCCCUCACCCUCAGCGGAGGUGACAGGCCCCACUUUCACCGAAAGCGGUAUCAAAAUACACUUAUGCCAUUACUGUGGGGAACGUUUUGAUUCCCGUAGUAACCUAAGACAACAUCUCCAUACCCACGUGUCCGGAUCCCUCCCGUUUGGUGUCCCUGCUUCCAUUCUGGAAAGCAACGACCUUGGUGAAGUGCAUCCACUUAAUGAAAACAGUGAGGCGCUUGAAUGCCGCAGGGUCAGCUCCUUCAUUGUCAAGGAGAAUGAGCAGCAGCCUGACCACUCAAACCAGGGUACCACCGAGCCUCUGCAGAUCAGCCAAGUGUCUCUGAUCUCCAAAGACUCAGAGCCAGUAGAAUUAAACUGUAAUUUUUCUUUUUCAAGGAAAAGAAAGAUCAGCUGUUCCAUCUGUGGUCAUAAAUUUCUCCGAAAAAGUCAACUGCUGGAACACAUGUAUAUACACAAAGGUAAAUCUUCCAGAUACAACCGAUGCCAAAGGUUCAGUAAUGCGGUAGCCCAGAGAUUUCAGCCGUACUGUGACAGCUGGUCUGAUGUCCCCCUGAGAAGUUCUUGCUUGUCGCAAGAACAGUUAGAUUCAUCCUGUGCCUUAGAGUCAGAGCUCACACAAGAAAGUGUGGACACUAUCCUUGUGGAGUAGCAGUUUCUCCUCCAUAAUUUUUAUAUCAAUUCUGAAAAAAAAUCCACAUGCAUUUUUUUAUUCAUAAACUCUCUUCCUCCUCAACGUCUGUUCACUUUUUUCUUUGCCAUUUAUCCGUAGUUUUAAGGUGGUAUAUAUUAGGUCUUAUUGUAAGGUAUGUUAUACACAUGGCUAUUAAAAUGUAACCUUCAAGUA